AUGCGUGUUUUUACUGCUAUUGCUUGGUGUGUAUCCGUAUUAGUACUCCCAGGCCAAUGCGUGGCCAAGGAGGAAGAGCCUGAGACGCCAGCAGAGGCUAUUUCGAAAGAUGUAAAUGAGUUGUCUGAACAGGUAGACGAGGUCAUGGAGGAAGAUGAGGAGAGUGAGAAGCCAUCUGACCAACAUGACGAACAUAAGGAUUCACAUGCUGAGCAACAGGAAAGGUUCGAAGAUCUAUAUCAGAACGCUUUGAAUGAGGCUAUGAAAGAAGGAAGAGAGGAGUUCAAGACGUUUGCACGUGAUUCAGUUGAAGAUUUGGAUCUUCUGGAACUUGCAUCAGAUCACCUGAAACGGUUUUGGUAUACAGGGCAGUGCCGUCGGGAGUAUUCGAGACCGUGUCCCAACGGUUGGACCUUAGAAGAUAAGAGCCAAGUAUGUGUUGCUCCAGCAGAUUAUGAUGGACCAUGUGAAAAAAGAAAAGAUUUCUCACAUAUGGAUCAACCAGCUAGGGCAGAUUAUGCAUGGCGCUGCCAUGUCAGCUGGCCAUGUGUUAAUGACUUCCCUAUCGAUGAUGAUGCACUAUGCCCACUAGAGUGGACUAAGCUUUCUGCGUCGAUCUGUAUAGCUCCUGCGAGCUAUGAUGGUAUAUGCCCACCUAUCGCAUCUUUCUAUGGGCUGAGCAGAUUGGAUAAAUCGAAACAUGAGCAGCUAUGCGGAGUAAAAUGGCCACGCAUAGUAGUCGGUUCUAACGGAUUCUCAGAUCUAGCCAUGGGUGAAGGCUACGCUUCUAUGGGCGGAUCCGAUUGGAUGAACGCCGCCGUUGAUGAAUCAGGGGCAUUAGUGCCUGUAUAA